AUGAAUGAUCUUUUCGAUAAUAUCCUUAGCAGUGCGAAAAUCCAGCAAAGCAAUCUUCCCGUCGUUGAUUUAACAACAAGCCAAGAUUUUGCUUCAAUGGGUGAAAUGCUAUUAGGAAAAUUAUCAUUAAUAGAAAACUGUUGUGAUACUGCAGCAGCUUCAACUCAAAAGAAAUACGAUGCACGAACAAUUAAAGAUAAAAUUGCUGUCAGAAAGAAAGAACUUACCGCCCUUGAAUCAGAAAACUCAGCACUUGUAGAUACAGCCAAACGUCAAGAAAAGGCGCUUAGAAAACUCAAUGCUUCGAGUGAUGAUACAGUUGAAGCUCAACAAAAUGUUAUGAAGCUUAAAAGCCAACUUCAAGCUGCACAGAAAGAGAUUAAGCUACUUGAAGAAAGACGCCAUGAUUUACUUGCAGAAAAUAGAAGAUUAAAAGGUCAGGUUAACUUCCAACAAAAGUCAAUAUCAGGUGAAGCCCAGGCAGUUCCACAGCAAACAGAUGAGGAAAUUAGAGCCGCUAUUGCUAAUUUGAAACAGAAAGAAGAUGAAUUACUUGAAAGAAAAGAAAGAGAGAAGAAGGCAUACCUUAAGAAGAUGACUUCAUUAAAGCAGCAAAAAGAUACUUUGGCACAACAAAAGGCAGAUUUAGAGCAGAAAAUUAAGGAAAGAGAAAUGCAAUUAAAGCUUAUUCAUGAAAAGAGCAAGAAAUCAAUUGGUGUUAGAAAAUAA